CCGUUACGCCGCCAUUCUCCGCGACCGUCCGCGCCAUUCCAAAUUCGAAUUUAGAAUUUGAAAUCCGAACGUGACGUUUUGUUUUGUGCCAGUGAUUUUUGUGAUUGAUGAUGGAUUAAUGUGCUUUUUUAAAAAGGCGAUUUAAAAAGAUUACAAAGAUAAAAAAAACAUCAGAAAACAAGAUGGCGGCCAAACACGCGUGUUUAAAAAUAGAAACCGACAGGGGAAGUUAGAACUUCCGUUUUAAAAUGUGAAUUUUAAAUUUAGAACACCGGUUUAUGUUAACGGACUAGUGACAAUAUUUGAAAUGUGUAAAUAUAGAGUGAGAGUGAGGGUGACACCUUUAUUUCUACUGUUACGGACUCAAAGUGUGGUGUUUUUUAGUUUUUUUCUAGUGUUUAAUUUUGGUGUGUGUGGUGGUUAUCAUGAACAGAAGUUUGCCAUGGAGCCGCAGGAUCAGACGGCAGUCGUCGGCUCAAGAGUGACACUUCCUUGUAGAGUGGAGAGGAAGUCCGGCCAGCUUCAAUGGACGAAGGACGACUUCGGCCUAGGACUCCAUCGUGACUUGAGCGGUUACGAUCGGUAUAAGAUGAUCGGGAGCGAUGAAGAAGGGGAUUAUUCGCUGGACAUAAGAGACGUGACAUUGGACGAUGAUGCGAGGUACCAGUGCCAAGUCAGCUCAGGCUCUAAAGGGGAGCCGGCUAUUAGGUCACGGUACGCCCGCCUGACUGUCCUCGUGCCGCCCGAACCACCCAGGAUCCUGCAAGGGAACUUCUACUCUACGACAGAAGACAGAAACAUCGUUUUAGAAUGCGAGUCGGUGGGCGGAAAACCCCCAGCUGAGAUAACCUGGGUGGACAGCAACGCAGGCGUGUUGACACAAGGCGUAACAUACACAGUGGAGCCUUUGUCCGACGGCCAACGGUUCACGGCUAGGUCAAUAAUAAAAAUGUCACCAAAGCAGGAACACCAUAACCAAACGUUCACCUGUCAAGCGCAGAACACAGCCGAUCGGGCUUACCGCGCCGCUAGCAUUCAAAUUGAGGUAAAAUACGCCCCAAAAGUGCAGAUAAGGAUAAAAUCAGGAGCCAAAAGGAUACCUGAAGGAAGUGACGUAAUUGUUGUGUGCCAAGCAGAAGCAAACCCCACCAAUUUAACCUACAAGUGGUACAUGGAUGAGCAUCUAAUCGUAGGAAACCAUACAAAGGAAUUGAAAAUUGAAAAUAUAACAAGAAAAUAUAACGACAUUGUUAUCAAAUGUGAAGUUUUCAACGAAGUUGGAAAAAGCGAAGAUUCCAGAACGUUAGAAGUUACAUACGCCCCGACUUUCCGCACUCACCCCAAAGACGUGGAAGCAGAAAUCGGGAAGAUGGUCACUUUAACAUGCGACGUUGACAGCUACCCCGCUCCUGAGGUACGGUGGCUGCAUCAGGAGGAAGAUCAGAACAUUAGGGUCGGUCGGACUGCCAACCUCACCCUAACUCUGGACACACACACAGCCGGGAAAUACAUAUGUAUAGCGACCGUACCUGGUUAUCCAGAGAUCGAGACGUCUGGAUCUAUUUUUAUUAAAGGUCCUCCAAAAAUCCUAUCAAACUACACUCAGUUCGGGUCCCAAGGUGACAGUGUGAAGAUAGAAUGCGCAGCGUUUGCCGUCCCUCGAAUAGAGAGCAUUAUAUGGACCUUCGAUGGAAAAGAAAUAGACUCUAUACAUGACCAGGAUUACGCUUUUCUUGAAGAUGCGCAGCCAGGCGGUGUUAUAAAUUCGACUUUGAUCAUCCGAGAAAGCCAAUCCAAACACUUUGGGACAUAUCGAUGUAAUGUCUCCAAUGAGUAUGGGAGCGAUGCGAUGGAUAUCAUUUUAAAACCGAACAAAACGUUUCCACUACUACUAAUUCUGUUCGGAGUGACAUCAGGAACGAUAAUGGUGGCAGCAUUGAUAAUGCUAGUGAUAUUAUGUCAGAGGAAGCAGAGGAAAAACAAGCAGACGCAAGUUACAGAAAAACCCGACGUGACAGUGACAGCGGAAGAACUGUACAAAGAAAACGACAGAAACUCCAAUAUCAGCGAUCUCAAACUUGAACUUCGGCAAGCUAACGGAAGUUGCGAAGUCGACUACCCCAACACAGGCUCAGACAGUACAUUAUGUUCCAAUGCCAAACUUGGCAGUGGCAUACCUCUUGCCGGUUCUGUGCCACUCAACUCUAUAAGUCAGAGUAAUAACUACCAGCCUUAUAGAUAUAGUAAUGACUAUACAGACCCGGCAUAUGCGGACUGUUAUAAGGUGAACGGCUACCAGACCUACGUGCAUUACGGCCACGACUACACCCCCGGGUCUUUGCGGGUGCAAUCACCCACGCUCAGUGCAGACAAAUUAACUCCUAACAGAUCUGUCAACGGAAGUCUUCCAAGAAGCGUGGAUACGUCUUCAACAGUCCAAUUCAACCCUGGGAAUGGGUCGCAGAACAACUCGUUACAACGCAAAAGACAGGAUAGCAGUAAUGCGUUGAACAACCUUGGGUUACCGACCACUGAAAUGAGUCGGGUACCAAACGGCGGCAUCAUCCAAGGUGUGGACGUCCGGUACGCUGCCACAUACGGCAACCCCCACCUAAGGUCAGGUGCUUUAGGCUUCACUGUGAACACAGCCAAGCCUGCAUCUACGCCCGCACCACCGCCUUACUCGUCUGUGCGAAGUUCUGUUGUGAUACCAUCAGGAACAUCGUCACAUUCAAUAACAUCACCUACAAGUUUAGCGUCACCACAAUGUGCAACUAGCCCUAUAACGACUUCUACAAUGUCUACGGAUAGCACGCAACCGGUGAUCGGGGUUGCAACGUCAUCGGCGACACCCCAGUCACCCAGCGCUCAUUAUAUACUAGCCCCAUCGAAUAGGACUAUUAGCAAUGCUGUAACUGUUACUAAGAAAGGUAAUGGCCUUCAAUCUCCACUAGCGACACAUGUGUAAUAAAAGUUUAAAAGACAUUUAUGAAAAAAAAAUGAAUCAGUGAAUAGUAAAUUUCUGAUGAAUAAUAUCUUAUCAUUUCACAUUCGUUGACGUGAGAUAAUAAUAAACUAGAUUUUAUGAUUAUAAAUGACAUUAACUGUUGUUUUCGUUAAAACACUAGAGUCAAACUUCGGUUUAAAAAUGUUACUAAAAUCAGUUCAAAAACUGUGUUUUUACUUCGUCAAUUUUCAAAGACACUAAAAGUGACAAAAGUGCGUGUUAUAAUUAAGAAUAAAAAAGUUUUGUAAAAAGUCAAUUCCAAAUAUCUGACUGAGGUUCUUGUUGCUAUUUGUAACUAUAUUUCAGAAUAGAUAUAGAUAUAUGUAACUAGUUAUGUAUAGUUUGAUGUAUCUUCAUGAAAAUUUAGUUUUUCUAGAUCAUUUCUAAUGUGUUUAUUGUAACUGUUAAUUACUUAUAUAAAUCUCACCAAGAUCACGUUAUUGUUUUCUAAAGUACACUUAAGAAGUUGACAGAAUUAAUAAAGUAUCUUAUGUUUUUGUAAAUAAUUAUUAUGUAAUUUCA